UAUCUGUGUGUGUAUGUGACAGGUAUCGCCCUGAUGAUGAACCUUUGUGAGGAGGUCCAUGUGUACGAGUAUAUUCCUUCUAUGAGAAAAACUGAUCUGUGCCAUUACCAUGAGAAGUACUAUGAUGCAGCCUGCACUUUUGGAGCUUACCACCCUCUGCUUUAUGAGAAACUGCUUGUUAAGAAGAUGAGCACAGCUUCUGAGGAGGACCUCAAGAAAAAGGGAAAGGUCACACUGCCAGGAUUCAGCUUUCCCGCAGCCUGUCGGAUCCAAGCCGUAUCCAGAUCUGACGAAGAGCUUAGCGGUGCAGUGCUGAAGAGCCAACUAGCCUCUCCCUAUGGAGGAUCCCUUUCACUCUACAGAUAAAGCGUUGAGAAUUUCGUUUUGUGUACCUACCCCUAAGUGAUGAAAUAAAACAAAAUUCUGUAUCAAAAUUAUAGACAAGACAAGUAGUUUGUUCAGGCAUGGUUUUGUUGGGAAUUACAAACCUGCGCACAUAUAUUCAAAAACAGAUAACCAUAAAAUCAAUUCUUAAUGAGCAUGUGAACGCCAUCAGCGUUUAUCACAGGUUCUCGUUUAAACUCUGUAUAGAGACAUUCAUAUACAUUUUUAUCUUACAGUUAGUGUAAAUCAGGCCUCUAGUUCAUAAAAGCUAGAGGAGAACUCGCCCCCAGCUGAGCUUGGGUUCUCCCAAGGUUUUUUUUUUUUUUCUCCAUUGGGUCACCUGAUGGAGUUUUAGGACACUAUUAGGUCACUUAAUGGAGUUUUUAGGUUCCUUGCCACUGUUGCCUUUGGCUUGCUCAGUUGGGGAUAUUCGAAUUAAUUAACCAAUCAGUAAUAC